AUGGGAAGUAGCGGAUAUCUCUGUAAUAAGAUUAGUACAAUUUUAACAGAUAAUUGCAUAGAAAGAACUUGUUCUGAUGUGACAGCACCAAAAAAACUUAGUGAUUGUACAACAUAUUUAUCAAAAUGUACAUUUGAUGGUACGAUAUGUAAAUUGCAAUAAGCUACAUGUGAUUUGUAUAUUGAUUUUACAUAAGCUGCUUGUUAAAAUAUUAUCACAACAACUGGAGAGAAAUGUUGGAAACAAUAUGAUGAAAUUGGAAAAUGUGAAGCUAGAACAUGUACAAAUGCACCUAUUCAAACUUCAGAAACUGCUUGUAGAUCACAUCUUAGUACUUGUACUUUUAAUGGGAGUUCAUGUGUUAAUUAAUAAACUACAUGUUCUGGAUAUUCUGAUACUAAUGCUUUAAAUUGUUAAAAAUUAUCAGCUUUUAAUGGGGACAUUGUUACACCUUGUUGGUUGGUCUCUGGUACAGGUGCAUGCAUAAAUAAAUAAUGUAUUCAUAAUACAACUGCAACAACUGAUUAAGAAUGUAAGGUUUUUUUAAAUGGUUGUGUAACAACUGGUAAAGGUUGUACAGAUGAUACUACUUAAUGUUCAUAAAUGACUGGUACUUAAGAUGGUUGUCUUGCAUUAAUUGGAAAUUUUAAAAGAUGUAAGGGAGCAUCAGAUCAAGCAGGAGAAUGUAGUAUUAAAUAUUGUUAAGAUAAUUCAACUGCAACUACUGAUUCUGAAUGUGCUUCAUAUAUGACUGGUUGUUUAACUAGAGGAAAAGGUUGUAUUGCUUCAACAGAACCUUGUAGUGCAUACAAAGGUACAUUAGCUUAAUGUAAUAAUUUUAAGGGAGCAGGUAGAACAUGCACAAAUACAGUUUAAGCUACAAGUACAAGUUCUUGUAUUGAACGUAGGUGUGGUGAUGACACAACAGCAACAACUGAUAUAGAAUGUUCAAAUUUUUAAUAAGGGUGUAUAACAAAUGGAAAAGGUUGUACAUCUGUAACAAGUUAAUGUACAUCAUUUUUUGGAACAUAAACAUAAUGUUCAUCUUAUUUAGGUAAUUCUGGUAAAUAGAAAUGUUAUGGGACUUCCAUUUCAUCUGUGUUAUUACAAUAAGUUGUUAAAAUUAUUUAUCAGAGAAAUCUUGUUUAGCAAAUACAUAAUGUUAAUUUAUACAUUCAUGUAGAAGUAUUGCACUAACAUCUUGCACAUCAUUUACAAAUGCUUCUAUGUGUAUAAGCACCCCAGUAAAGACUUAGAUAGGAAAAUGUGCUUGGGAUAGUACUAAUAAUGGAUGUAGAAAUUGGUAAUGUACAGAUGCUCCAUUAAGUGUAAAUACUCAUGCAGAAUGUUAAACACUUCAUUCUAGUUGUACAACAAGGGGUAGUGGUUGUGUUAGUAAAGUUUAAUGUAAUGAAUAUUUGGAUCAAUCAAUUUGUUUAUCAGCUAAAUCUAUUUUAGAUGACACUUGUAUAUGGGAUACAACAACUAAUACUUGUCGUAAAAGAAAUUGCUCUGAUGCACCAAAAGCUUUGAAAACAGAUGAAGAUUGCAGUGCAUUUUUACCUGGAUGUCUAACUACUGGUUAUGGUUGUGCUAGUCCACCUUUUGAUUGUACAGCUAAUAUCACAUAAACUCAAUGUUUAGUUGAUUCAUCUGGAAAUCCAUGCAUUUGGCUUAAUACAACUAAUAAAUGUUAAAAUUAUACUAAAUGUACUGAUAUCUAGAAAACAACCUUCUAAGAAUGUUAAUCAUAUUCUCUUUUCUGUACAUCUGAUGGUGUUAAUUGUGUUCCAUUUAGUUUAUGUUCAUAUUACAUAACACCGAAUAGUUGUUUAUAAGGAAUAGAUGGUUUAUGUGGUUGGUAAUCAGAUACUAAUAAAUGUGUUAAAUUUAAAUAAUGUGAAUUAUAUUUAUCUACACUCACUAAUUAAUGUUCUCUUUUUAAUUCCAAUUGUGUAAGUGAUGGUAAAACCUGCAUCACAAAACUCAAAUGUAAUUAAUACAUAAAUGAAACAUCUUGCAUAUCUGGAGGAAUUGAUGGACUUUGUAAAUGGGAAAACAGCUCAUGUAGAAUUAGAUAAUGUUCUGAUGCUACUGAAGAUACAACUCUUUUCGAAUCAUGCUGGAAAUAUAAUGCUGAAAAAGUUUGUACUACUAAUGGAUCUAAAUGUAUAGAUAUUACUAAUUGCAGUACAUAUGCUAAAUCAUAUUGUAAAUUAGGAACAGACGGAUAUUGCACUUAUGAUGAUACUUACUCAUUAUGUAGACCUAUGAUAUGUUCAGAUAAUAAAGAUACUACUAGUGCUCUCUGUUUAAAUAAAAUUGGACUUAAAUGUGUCUCUAAUGGAACUAAAUGUAUCGAUAUUGCUAAAUGUUCAUCUUAUACUGAUAAAGAAGCAUGCAAUGGAGGUGGUACUGAUGGAACUUGUGUUUUCAUUCCUUCAUAAAACAAUCCACUUGUAGGAACCUGUAAAUUAAUGUCUUCAUGUUAAAGUGCUGCCCAAGAUCAAAUUGCUUGUUCUAAAGCACCUUGUGUUUUCAAUAAUAAUAUUUGCGAACCUCAAACUUGUAUAUCUUAAUAGCAAGGUACUAAAUGUAAUUCCAUUCAAUCAUUUGAUAAAAAAACUAUUACCGUAUGUGUAUCUGAUGGAAAUGGUGGAUGUACCUCUGGAGAUGCUUCAUCUCUUUCAUCAAGCUUAUGCUUUGAAUUGAGUGGUAGAACUUAUUCAUGGAAUCCAUCUAAAAGUAAAUGUGAAAAAUGUGCUAAAAUAAAUAACAAUAAUUCUACAAAUGUUCCAGAUGAUAGUGGGGAAGAAGAAGAAAUAAUAUAUGCCAUCUCUUUGACAACAACAAUCCUUGUCUUAUUUGUCUUAAUUUCAGUUUGA